CAAUUAACAUAAUAUUUUGGUCACAUGAAAAGUACACUGCAAGAGAUUCAUCAAAAAUACGAAGAAAGCAAGAAGGAAGGGAUCCUAUCCAGAUUUCGGCAUCAUUGCAAGUCUAUGAGAGGGUAUGCACGUAUUGGAAUGUCACAGCUGAAGUCACAUCAAAAUGAAUUCUCAUGGAGGGUAUUACGUCAUAAGUCAUUGCAGAACUGGAAAUCAAACAGUUAUUAUUUAAAUUUUAAAAGAAAAUUUGAGAACCAGGAUUUCAUGAAACUAAAGAUGUUUUCUUUGAUCUUGGUCUUAGCCAUAUUUUGUAAGUUCCGUAAGAUCAAAUCAUGCAGUUCCUUGAAAAGAAAAUAUAGCCUAUCUGCUGCUUAUUUAAGUCAGAUGGCACUAAGAUUGGACAGAAGAUGCUGUUCUUCAGCUCACCUGAAAAUGAGAUUCUUUGUUUUCUAAAUGACUCUACUCAAAUCUUCCAAGCAGGCUAGAUUUGCUAAUUGCUUGAAGUUUCGAAAGAUCUUUACAUCUGCUUUCCUCAGGGGAACAGAUGGAGUAUCUUUAAUUUCGUUCACCGACAAUUCAAUUUAAA